UCCCCUGGAAGUCAGUUAGCCCCAGAAAGCAACCGAGUGUGGCGGCCACAGACCCGACAGUCCCCGAGCUGCCCUGCGUCCUUCCUCGGCUGUCCCCGACAGCGGGAGCGCCCUGCCUCAGCCAUGGACAUGGGGGGCCUGGACAACCUGAUCGCCAACACCGCCUACCUGCAGGCCAGGAAGACGGACUCGGACAGCCGCGAGCUGCAGCGGCGCCGUCGGAGCCUGGUGCUGCCCGGGCCGCAGGGCUGUGCCGAGCUGCGCCAGUCGCUGUCCCCGCACUUCCACAGCCUGUGCGAGCAGCAGCCCAUCGGCCGCCGCCUCUUCCGAGACUUCCUCGCCACCGUGCCCAAGUACAGCGAGGCCGUGGCCUUCCUGGAGGACGUGCAGAACUGGGAGCUGGCCGAGGAGGGGCCCGCCAAGACCAGCACGCUGCAGCAGCUGGUGGCCACUUGUGCGCGUGACCCGAGCCCACAGUCCUUCCUCAGCCAGGACCUGGCCACCAAGUGCCGAGCCGCUGCCACGGAUGAAGAGCGCAAGACCCUGGUGGAGCAGGCCAAGGCGGAGACCAUGAGCUUCCUGCAAGAGCAGCCGUUCCAGGACUUCCUGGCCAGCCCCUUCUACGACAGGUUUCUGCAGUGGAAACUCUUCGAGAUGCAGCCCGUGUCCGACAAGUACUUCACCGAGUUCCGAGUGCUUGGGAAGGGCGGCUUCGGGGAGGUGUGUGCCGUCCAGGUGAAGAACACGGGUAAGAUGUACGCCUGCAAGAAACUGGACAAGAAGCGGCUGAAGAAGAAGGGUGGGGAGAAGAUGGCUCUCCUGGAGAAGGAGAUCCUGGAGAAGGUGAACAGCCCUUUCAUCGUCUCUCUGGCCUACGCCUUCGAGAGCAAGACCCACCUCUGCCUGGUCAUGAGCCUGAUGAACGGGGGAGACCUCAAGUUCCACAUCUACAACGUGGGCACGCGCGGCCUGGCCAUGAGCCGGGUGAUCUUCUACACGGCCCAGAUGACCUGCGGGGUGCUGCAUCUGCAUGGCCUCGGCAUUGUCUACCGGGACCUGAAGCCCGAGAACGUGCUCCUGGAUGACCUCGGCAACUGCAGGCUGUCUGACCUGGGGCUGGCCGUCGAGGUCCAGGAUGACAAGCCCAUCACCCAGAGGGCUGGAACCAAUGGCUACAUGGCCCCUGAAAUCCUGAUGGACAAGGCGAGCUAUUCCUACCCCGUGGACUGGUUUGCAAUGGGAUGCAGCAUUUACGAAAUGGUGGCUGGAAGGACACCAUUCAAGGAUUUCAAGGAAAAGGUCAGUAAAGAGGAUCUAAAGGAAAGAACCAUGAAAGAUGAGGUCGCAUUCCACCAUGAGAACUUCACAGAGGAGACGAAAGACAUCUGCAGACUCUUCUUGGCUAAGAAACCAGAGCAACGCUUAGGAAGCAGGGAGAAGGCGGACGACCCUAGGAAGCACCCUUUCUUCCAGACGGUCAACUUCCCGCGCCUGGAGGCCGGCCUUGUGGAGCCCCCGUUCGUGCCCGACCCGUCGGUGGUUUAUGCCAAGGACGUGGACGAGAUCGACGACUUCUCCGAGGUCCGCGGGGUGGAAUUCGACGACAAAGACAAGCAGUUCUUCCAAAGAUUUUCCACAGGCGCUGUCCCCGUGGCGUGGCAGGAAGAAAUCAUAGAGACGGGAUUGUUCGAGGAACUCAAUGACCCCAACAGGCCGUCCGGGGACGGGAAGGGCGAUUCCUCCAAGUCUGGGGUGUGCCUGUUGCUCUAG